UUCCAGGGUUUGAUUAGCCAUUUGACAAUUACUGCAUCUUUGGAAAUUUUGUUGAAUUGAACUUUCAUCAGAGAAUGACUCUUAGAAAUGUCACUGAAGUGUUACCAAGGCCAACCACUAAGGAGUACGUUUGCACACUUGACGAAACUAAUGUGACACCAUCUGGAGAGUGCUUCUUGGAGUUUACCGCGCAGUACACACGUUCCUUCCUGUUUAAGUUCAUGAUGGACAGUCACUGCGUAAGACUUGGAAUCACAGCAAGAGCACAAGAAGUCAGUGUGGCUGUUUGCACACCUACAAGUAAUUUAAAGAAGUACUGUCGGAUGAAGUUGCAAGAUUCUGGGAAGGCUAUGAUCUACAACAAGUCGUGGACAUAUGCAGUGAAGGCAUUCAAUUUAAAGGAGGGAGAUGUUUGCAUGUUUACGUUCAUAGAUGACAGGGAAGUUCCAUGGCGCCGGAGAUAUCCAUUCUCAUGGUUGAGGAUGGAGAUCCUGAAGCUUGAGGAAGAGUAAUGAGGGACUAGCUGAAGUGUUCUUCUUGUCUGAAUGUUGCUGGUUGUACAGAAUCUGUUUUUCUUCUCUGGAUGCUGCUGGUAGUACUGAAUCUAUUUUGGGCUGAAGUGUUUUUCUUCUUUGGUAGAUAUAUGAUGCUAGUAGUAGCUUAUAUGACAUGACAUGUUCAAUUGUGGUGAUAUACACUCCUUUGGUACAUAUGAUAUAGUGAGGUAUUUGAUUUGUA